GAGGGAGGGGCUUCUGGUCGGUACGAAAGCCACGUCUCGGCCAAACCGAUAUUAUUACUCAGUUCUGAGAAACCGAUAUCAUUACUCAAUUCUGAGAAUCGAAGCUCGCAGGCAUAUUUUGUACGAGAGUGAAGAGGGAAUUGAUUGGAAUCAAAACCAAAGGCAAAUGACGGUGUCCUCCACCUCUAUCUUCAGAAGUGUGAGGAAAGUGUUGGGGACAGCAGUGACAGAUACUAUACAAUCAAGUAGCAAAAAUUGGCAAUCACUGUUCAGAGUAAGAAGUGUCCUACCUUUCCAGGAUUCUGUGAAGUUUGUCCAAACAUCAUGCCGAAUCUCAGUUCCUGGGACCUCAUCAGAAAGUGAACAGAAAGUGCCCUCAAACUUUCUAAGGGACAAGAAGUUGAUUCCUGAAUCAGAUCCUCCAAGCAUUGAAGAUAUCAAAUUUCUAUAUCAAUUCUUUGAUAGCAGCAAGGUUGUGGUAUUGACCGGAGCUGGAGUAAGUACAGAAUGUGGCAUUCCUGAUUAUAGAAGCCCUAAUGGAGCUUAUAGUUCUGGUUACAAACCAAUUACCCAUCAGGAGUUUGUACGUUCAAGUAAGGCCCGCAGGCGGUAUUGGGCAAGGAGCUAUGCUGGAUGGAAACGAUUCAUUGCAGCACAACCUGGUGCAUCUCAUAGUGCAUUGGCAUCUUUAGAAAAAGCUGGUCGGAUAAAUUAUAUAAUUACGCAAAAUGUUGACAGGCUGCAUCAUCGUGCUGGUAGCAGCCCACUUGAAUUACAUGGAACUGUUUAUUCUGUAGUUUGUUUAGAUUGUGGUUACUUGAUCAACCGGAAUUUAUUUCAAGAUGAAUUGAAGGUCCUUAAUCCAAAGUGGGCAGCAGCAAUUGAAAAUCUGAAGCAUGACAGCCCUGGGUCAGACAAGAGCUUUGGGAUGAAGCAAAGGCCUGAUGGUGAUAUCGAGAUUGAUGAAAAAUUCUGGGAGGAGAAUUUUUGCAUUCCCACUUGCCACAAAUGCAAGGGGGUAUUGAAACCUGAUGUUGUCUUCUUUGGUGACAAUAUCCCCAAGGAUAGAGCUGCUGAAGCAAUGGCAGCUGUGAGAGGAUGUGAUGCUUUAGUGGUAGUUGGAUCAUCUCUGAUGACCAUGUCUGCUUUCCGACUUGUCAGGGCUGCUCAUGAAGCAGGGGCUGCUACUGCAAUUGUGAAUGUAGGUAACACAAGGGCUGAUGAUUUCGUGUCCUUGAAAAUCAAUGCACGAUGUGGGGAGAUACUGCCAAGAUUGCUAGACAUUGGAUGCCUAAGCAUACCUGUGAUCUAGUGUUGAUAUCAUUAAAAGUUAAGUAUGGGAACAAGUUGGAAACAGUCGCACAAUGGAGUUGUCCAUGCAGAGACCAUUUGACUCAAAAUGAAAGCAAAUCAGUGUGUUCACAAAAGGAGUUGUGCCUUAAUACCUUCUCUACCCUACUUGUAUUUGUAGCCCACUCACAUUGUUUUAUAUCUAGCCAAAGCCAGGAAUUGUUGUGAUAUAUCAUGUGGAAAUGUACAUUUAAUAAUUUAUCAUUAAUUUCUAUAUCAAAUAAUGGUUUUUAAGAAA